GUGAGUGUGCCUACUUAUUUAUCACUUUUCGGCUUAUAAAAUCGUAUUCUUGUUAUCAACACACAUUGUCAUUUUUUUUUUUUUUAUCAGUAAACACACACUGUCAUAUUUAGGUCAGAAAAGAAUGACUUCGAACACUGGAAGUCGAAGGACAUUCAUCUUUGUGGCAUUGCUUGGGAUAUGGGCUUACCAAACCACUUGCCGCACGUUGAAUGAAGAAGUAUCCAUGUUAGUGAGGCAUGAGAGAUGGAUGGCUCACCAUGGACGUACUUAUACGGACAAUGCAGAGAAAAAAAUGCGCUUCAAGCUUUUCAAGCACAAUGUAGAGUUAAUCGAGUCUUUCAACAGUGAUGGGAAUCGGCCUUAUAAGUUGAGUGUCAAUCAAUUUGCUGAUCAAAGUAAUGAAGAAUUCCAAGCUUCUUACAACGGAUAUAAAAGGCUCUCCAAUCGGCCUAGAUCAUCUCAAGGGGCACCAUUUAGGUAUAACAAUGUGACUAUCGUGCCAUCUAGAAUUGAUUGGAGAAGGAAAGGAGCUGUUACCCCUGUAAAGGACCAAGGAACAUGUGGAUGUUGCUGGGCAUUUUCUGCUGUUGCAGCCAUGGAGGGGAUCACCUACAUCAAAACCGGAAAGUCAGUCUCUCUUUCAGAGCAAGAACUAGUUGAUUGUGACACUAAAGGUGAUAACGAAGGUUGUGAAGGUGGUCUAAUGAAUGAUGCCUUCAAAUUUAUCAUCCAUAACAGAGGCCUUACAACUGAAGCAAAAUAUCCCUACAAGGGAGAGGAUGGAAUUUGCAAAAAGCACAAAAUAGCAUCCCAUGCAGCCAAGAUCACAGGGUAUGAAAAUGUUCCUGCCAACAACGAGAAGGCAUUGCUCAAGGCAUUGGCCAACCAACCAGUUUCUGUUGCCAUUGACGCUAGCAGUUUUGAUAUCCAAUUUUACUCGAGCGGAGUCUUCAAAGGAGAAUGCGGAACAGAACUAGACCAUGGUGUUGCUGCAGUUGGUUAUGGAACUGCAAGAGAUGGGACUAAAUAUUGGUUAGUGAAGAAUUCAUGGGGCUCUGAUUGGGGAGAAGAUGGAUACAUAAGGAUGGAGAGGGGUAUUGAUGAUAGGGAAGGUCUAUGCGGCAUAGCCAUGGAGGCUUCCUAUCCCAAUGCUUGAAUUAUAGUCAGUGGUGAAUGAGUCUUAUUCUAACAUUUUCCUGUGGUGUUAGCUAUUUCUCCAAUUCUUUAGAAGUGUGACGUCUUACUAGUUUUAGACAACGCAAAUGCUUUCAUCGUUAUCGGGUUGUACGAAAACACUUGUGAAAUUUAGAAAUGAAAUUGCAUGCUUGCUCUUUUCUUUA